GUAAGCAAAUAGAUCCUGUUCGGUUAUAAGACACAGUAACGAUAUGUUCAAGCUUCGGUGAACUGCAGUCAUGUUUGCGGCAGCAACUAAGAACUUUGUGAAGCAGGUUGGGGACACUGGACGUCUUGUUCCUGUGCCCAGUCUAAGUGAAGCGGACCGAUAUCAACCCCUCAGCCUGGUGACGAGGAAGAGGAGACGACAUUUCUGGAAGAAGACCAAAUAUGCCACAACCCCCUUCUCACUGAAAGACAUACUCGUGGGAGAGAAAGAGAUCACAGCAGGGGUCUCUUCAUAUCAGCUCCUAAACUAUGAAGACAAGUCUGAUGUUGCUUUAAAUGGGCGUUUGGGCAACCAUCUGAUCCACGAGGUGGGAGUAAAUGUGAGUGGUUCAGACUCUGUGGCGGUAAAGGCCUCAUUUGGGAUUGUGACCAAGCAUGAGGUGGAGGUUCCUACACUAUUAAGGGAACUCAAUGCAAGGAAAGUUGACCUGGAUCACUGUUUGAUCCGUCAGUCCAAAGAGAGUGGUCGGACCGUCCUGUGUGUUGUCAUGGAGAGUAUCCGCACCACACGACAGUGUUCCCUCACCGUCCACGCUGGAGUGCGAGGAACUACCAUGAGGUUCCAGAUAGACGAUGGUCGAAACCCUAAAGGUCGAGAUAAAGCCAUUGUUAUUCCAGCUCACACGACCAUAGCAUUCAGUGUGCUGGAGCUUUAUGUGCGUCUUGAUGGACGUCUCGACAUAUGUGUGGCACCAGAGUCAGUAGGAGGAUUUGAGAGGGAACAAAUCCGUGAGCAGCUUGGAGGAUUCAUUGGCCGCUUUUCUGUUGGAAGACUUCGAAGAUUCCUGUCAGGAAUCAUCUAUGGAAAUCCUUUCAGAGCAGAUGACAGGACGUUUGAAGAGCUCACUCACUCUGAUAUGUACAUGGAUGAUGUUGUGACGGACUACUAUGAGAAGGCUGCCAGCAUGACUGACUUGUCCACGGCCUACCUGCGAGAUGAAAAGCACACACGUGUAAAUCUGCUCAACCAUAACAUACCUAAAGGACCGUGUGCCUUGUGUGGAAUGGGCCACCAGAGGCGUGAGACUGUCUACGGCUGUCUGGAAUGCUCUUCGGGGGGAAACAAAUAUGUCCGUCUCCACGCUGUACCAUGUUUUGACCUCUGGCAUAAAACUAUGAGGUGAGGAAUGGACUGGAGGAACUCCCAGGGUGAUUUUCAUGCAAAUGUUGUGCAAGAUGACCACAAGAUGUAACAACCCUCGCCUGUAAUUUUAGCAAAAACACAUAGCAAAAAAGCAAGAAUGUUUUUGCGAUUGUUAGUGGCACUAACAUGGUAAAACAUUUGACUUCAGUCUGAUAAUUAAUUAGUUUAAUGAUUGAUAUAUUUUUCCUUGUUUUGUCACACUAAAAAUUACCCCUAGUAUCUUAGUUGUUAAAUGACAAUCAUCUGGUAUCUACAUUACUGGCCAAAAGUUUGGAAUAAUUACAAUUUUUUAAUGUUUUUAAAAGUCUCUUCUGAUCACCAAGGCUGCAUUUAUUUGAUCAAAAACACAGUAAAAAAAGUAAUAUUGUAAAAUAUUAUUACUGUACAAUUUAAAAUAACUGCUUCUAGUUGAAUACAUUUUAAAAUGUUGUUUAUUCCUGUGAUCAAAUCUACAUUUUCAGCAUCAUUACUCCAGUCUUCAGUAUUACAUGAUUCUUCAGAAAUCAUUCUAAUAUGCUGAUUUUAUCUAAGAAAAAUUUCUGAUUAUUAUCAAUGUAGAAAACAGUUUAUAGUAUUAAUAUGCUUAAUAUUUUUGUGGAAGGUGUAAUACAAUUCAAAAGUUUGAGUAAUGUAUGAUUUAACGUUUACUUUUAUUCAGCAAGGAUAUAAUUGAUCAAAAGUGUCAUUAAAUACAUGUAAAAUGUUACAAAAGAUUUCUACUUCAGAAAAAUGCUGUUCUUUAAAUUUUCUAUUCUAAUCCUGAAAACAAAAAAAAUGGAACACCAUUUACACAAAUAUAUUAUGGAGUAAAAGCUGUUUUUAGCAUUUAUUAUUUUAAGAACCAUUAUUGAUAACUGAGCAGCAAAUCAGCAAAUUAGAAUGA